AUGCUUACCGUCGAAUGCAGUGGCACCCCUUAUGAGGUUGGAUAUGACCAUGGGCACGCAGCCAGACAUGCAAUUGCACGCUCCGUCGACUUUUACUCUGGUCUGUUUGUUCGUUAUAGUAAACGUCAGUGGCCCCAAGUACGGGAGGUUGCCCGUGAGUUCGGUGUCGAGAUCAGUCGACGAUGGCCUCGGUACUAUGAAGAGAUGCGAGGGAUCGCCAGUGGGAGUCAGCUCGACUUACUCGACAUAAUCGCGCUGAAUGUGCGGACCGAGAUCGCUUUCGGGCUCUUCAGCGACGGAUGUACAAGCCUCUACUGGAGGACGAAGGGCAAUACGUUUCUCGCUCAGAACUGGGAUUGGAUGGAAGACCAAAAGCAAAACCUGAUUCAGUUGAGCAUCAUCCAACCUGGACAGCCCAUGAUCAAAAUGAUCACCGAAGCAGGCAUCAUCGGCAAGAUUGGUUUAAACUCGUGUGGUGUCGGAGUCUGUCUGAAUGCGAUCCGGGCGUCCGGCGUGUCCACGGCUGGCAUUCCAAUCCACCUAGGUCUGCGCAUCGCUCUCGAACAGAUGUCCGCACGGGCCGCGGUCCAGUUACUGCAAGCUCACGGGAUGGCUAGUUCGGCCCACCUCCUCAUCGCCGACUCGGAAGACGCAACCGGUUUGGAAGUGACAGCUACCACCGUCUCAGAACUCAACACGGAUGACCGAGGUCGGAUACUCCACACAAACCAUCUGCUCGGUGUCCAUCCUGGCGUCACAGAGCCGAAAUGGCUACCAGAUUCCGAACACCGCCUCGAGCGCAUCCGUGUACUGACGGACGAGCUUCAUUCCAAUCUCGUCAGAGAUGCCUCUGCCGGCGCUGAUUGUCGAGAACCGACGUGGAGGGAGGUGGAGUCGAUUUUCGAGGACGAAGACAACUGGCCCGCAGCAAUUUGUCGAUCCCCCAACCCCAGCCAGGGCAGUCACAGUGCCACUUUGUUCAACAUAAUCAUGGAUUUGAAGGCACGACGGGCCGUAGUGAGAGUGGGAAGACCGUGCCAGGAGGAUGAAAAGAUAGAGAUGAGCUUCUGA